AUGCGGGAGGCGGAGGAGGAGCGGCAGGCGGCGCUGAUCGCCUCGAGCGUCCUGGAUGAAGCGCGGGGCGAUAUCCGCCUUCAGUACGAGGCUCACGCCGAGGACUUGGCGAAGAGGAUUAGGGACGCGCGCGGCAUCCUCGACGCAGCCGCUGCCCACGAGCGGCGGGCAUCGGAGGCCGACGCCUCGCUGCGGGCGCGGACGAUGGCACUCGAGGCUGAACGCAGGGCCUUGGAUGAUCGUGCCCGCUCUGCACAGGAGUUUGAAGCCACAAUCCGUCGGCGGAUCGAGGUCCUCGAUCGAAACCAGCAGGUGGAGGCUUCCCUUCGCCUCCGUGAAGAAGCCGCGGCCGAGCGUGACCGGAUCACCCUCGCCGCGAAAGCUUCCGCGGACCGCCGCGCGGAAGAGCUACGGCUGCGGGAAGAGGCAUGCCGGGAACGGGAUGCCGCACUCGCCGAGCGCGAAGCCGAGGUGAAUCGCCGCGAGGUAGCCUUGCGCCGGCUAGGCGAGCAACUCGCGAAACGAGAGGAGGCCGUUGCCGGGCGCGAGGCUCGUCAUCUGGAGAGCGCCCGCGCUGAGCGUGCGGCAAUAUCAGCGAAGGUCUCCGAGCUGGAGGCCCGGGAGAAGGACUUGGUAGCAGGCGGGCCGCCCGGCGGCGCGGGUUUGGCGAGCCAGCUCGCCAUGGCUCAGAGUACCCUCGCCGACUUGGAACGCCUGGUGCAGGAUCAGGCUGGGGAAAUUGCGGCCCUCCGCCUCACCAACGAGCUCGGGCCCGGGCAACUCUCCGACACCGUCGACUGGCUGGAGCACGCGGGGCGCCGAGUCGGCAUCUCUGUGCGUCGGGACAGCAAACUCCCGCCCACACAGCCAGCACUCGCGCUUCGGCUGGACGGGCUGGCGGUGGACCUGGAAAGGCUGGAGGAGGAGGUCGGCGAGACCAUAAAGUCUUCGUCAGUUUCUUUGGCACGGGCUGCGGUGGAGCUGGUCCUCGCGAGCCACCAAGCGCGCGACCCCGAAUUCAUGCCGUGGCAUGCGCUCGAGGAUUUUCCCCCGGGUACCGAGGCAAGGGCCCGGGAGCAAGUCCGGGAGGCGGCUAACGCGAUUGUCUCAAGCUUCGAGGGGUCGGCCCCCCGGUUCACCUCCGGGCUUACCGCGGACGAGGAAAACGGAAGCGGGGGUGACGACGGCGAUGACGACUAG